AACUUGUAUUACGAGAAAUGCUGUUCAUCUCAUUAUACACGGAUUCAACUAGCACGUGCUGUUCUUGCAAAGUACGGUGUCUUUGUAUUAGCCACAUAAAAUUUAUUGUUAUAUAUUUAUCAAAUAUUGUUAUAUCAAUGGCAUAUCAGUCGAUUAUAUUCCAAAUUUGUUCAAUUAAUUCCAGAAUUGAUCUGAGAAAUUCUCAUAGACAUCAUGUCAGACGGUAUCACUGAGAGGAAGAACAACUUCGAGGAUUAUUAUAAAACCGACGAUUUGGACGAUAGCGAGUUGCAGGCUCGUCUGUAUGCAGAAAUCUAUUACGAAUCGAACGUCGAGGGCGGAUCAGGAACCGCGGAAGCCCCGAGGACGAUUGAAUUUGAUAGGAUUGAGACGACGAACGUUGAAUCAAAGAGCAUGCAACGCGAAUCUGAAGAACAACCCUCGGCACCCCGGACGUACGAGGCCACUGGAGGUAAAUCUGAUAAAGCUACGAAAAAGUCUAAAUUGUCGGUAAAACAUCAGAAUAUUCAAAAAGAGAGUUCUAUAAAAAUAUCGAUAUACAAUAACACGUAUAUACGAUAUCCAGCAGAUCCUCAGAAGACACAUUCUGCAGAUCAGGCAGAAUUUGCUCAAGUCGAUACAUUGGCGGGCAGAGAAAUGAACCCUGCACACGAGUGUGAUAACGAGAGAUCUUUAGAAGAGCCUUCAAUUGUACAAGGUCAAGAGAGAACUGAAAAUUCUUCCAAGAAGCGCAAAUUUUCCAAAUGUGCAAAAAAUGCAUGUCAAGAAAGCUCUGAGAAAGACAAUAACGAUACAACACAUUCAAAGUACAACGUUGUUUCGAAAGGUGUGAAACAAAAGAGGCUUUUAACCAAACAGACUAAUAAAAAUAAAGACAACUCUGACUCUGAAGAAUCUGUAUUUGAAGUGCCUAUCCCACCGAAACCGAAGCCACCGCUCAUAGACCUGCAAGAUUCGGACGAAGAAAGUAAAUCAUGUGGAAGGCUAGAUGAGGAUGAUGUAGUUUUAAGAAAAUGGAGUAAUGUAGUAGAGACAGAUUCAAUAACGAACCGAUUUAAUAAUUGCGAGUCAGAAAUCUUGGAAGCAAUACAUAGCCAUCAAGACUCAUCUACCAAGAGAACGAAUACUGUUAGAUUAAAUAACAAGGAUACUGCAAAUCCUAGUAAAAGUAUUGAAACUUCAGCACGUGCACAGAAUUUUACGGAAGAUAUUGUGUUGAAUUGCACAACGUUUCAAACAGGCGCUAAUAGCAUAAAUGAAAUUAGGCAGUUGUCCAAAAGCGUCAGGGCAAAUCAAGAAAGUAAAUCGACUGAAGAUUCAAAUCAAAGCAAGAGAGCAUCACCGCAAAAUAAGUCGAAAGGAAAUAAUGAAAAUGCUAAUCUUCAACAAGAAACAUCGGUGACAUCAGGAAGAAAAUCGCAAGUGACGCAACAAAAUGUAUAUAAUCUUAGACGUGUGGAGCCAGACAAAACAUUAGGAGCAAAGUCUUGCAAUCCAGUAAAUGACCGAAAGAGACGAUGCAACAACGAUGUCGACAGUCAGUCUAAACAGAAGCGACAGUGCAUCGUUCAACAGGAUAACCAAAAUGUUACGCCGCAGAGUAACAGCGGUGGACAGAAAAGAAACGUAUCGAGUGACUUUUUCGAGUCAAUGUCGGAGGAGAUGAAGAACUAUUACAACACGAGUCGCGGCCAAGAGAACUUCGAUGUUGGCGAGUUGCAGCAGGGCAUGUCGAAGGAUCCGCGAAUGUGGGCAAUCCUGGAUGAAGACAUAAUGCCGAGUCCCACUGGUAGACGUAUUCAAAGAUUCUGGAACACCAAAUGCACCAACUGCCAGCAGGAAGGCCAUCGGCACUACAUGUGUCCGAUGGUACGUAAAUCACCGUGUUGCUACAUGUGCGGCAUGAAGGGCCACACGGAGUCUCGAUGUCCGCGGAAGAUGUGUCUAACAUGUGGACACGAGCAAGAGCAAUGUCCCGAUCUUUGGCGACGGUACCAUCAGACGACCGACAUGACUAGCGUGCCGCAGGAUCCGGGUAACGUGAUGAAGCCGUGGAGAUUGCUUUAUUGCCCUAAUUGUGCUAAACGCGGCCACGAAUCGUCCGCGUGCAGAGAAUAUCGAUGGUCCGAGCAUUUCCCUACACCAGCUGCCGUGACAAAUUAUACAGACGGGCCCACGUAUACGCCAUCGAGUCCCCGUGCGUCAACUUCCUCUGGACCUAACCCUGAGACAGGUUUCUCGUCUGAAGCGAGAGAAAACGAAAUAUCGACUCUACAAAGUGCCACUGAGGUACAACAAACAAUGACCGAAGACGCGGUAUCCUUUCCCAGAAACGUAAACACAUUAUCAUCAAAUAAUAAUUUUUGUACUUCACGAAGAGCUGAUUGGAUCUUGCAAAUAGAUGGAUUACGAUCUUUCAUGGCGAAUUGGCCCACAGAUAGAAAAACAAUUCCCAAACCAAUCGAAGUGAGGGUUAAUAUUCAUCAAAUAUCAUUUGCUAGCAUUGUAUGGUCCUAUGGUGUUUAUCACAAUAAACAUCACAACAAGGCGCGGAUGAUUGUGGCAAAUCUUACUAAAGACUUUGCACAUAGAAAAUCUACGUUACAGAGUUUAGCCAAACGCGCUAUUAAUCCGGGUUUUUUAAAAGCAUUAAAGGAGAAGGAGAUAGAGUUUGAAUUGAAGAUAGGCUUUAUUAAUAGUGAUUUGACUCUUUUAUUAAUAGCGACGAAAGAAUACAUAAAACAUUUGUACGAUCUGUUCAGAUAUUGGCUUAAUCUUCCGGAUGAUGAAAAAGAUUAUGGUAUAGACGUAACUGCAUCUACAAAUCCUACAAAGAUGUACAACUUGUUGCAAGGGAGAAUGCCGCAACUCGAGAAAAUGCGUUUCACAUGUUAUGCCGACUAUGUAGGAAAUAUAAGUAAUCCGCUAUGGUUGUACAAGGCUAUAAAAAAUGAAAAAAACGGUUUGAAACGAUUCCAAGGAAGUAGGAGAAAACAUCUUCUCUUACGCAGAAAUUUAAUGCGUUCGCAAAUCAAACUUCUCAUGAUCGUCAAUACCGAACCUGAACCGAAUUGUUUCGUACGUAUGUUCGAGGGCGCGAUGAAGAGAUUCAAAUCAGAACUAAAUCAAAUGGGCCAUAGGCUUGACACUGCCACUUAUCUUGGGCUUCUCCUGCUUUACAAUUAUCUAUUUGUACCUCACACACCGGAGGACGUGCACGAGACGUUACGUCGCAUGCAGAGUAAGGAGGACGAGACAAUCCUUCCGCAGGCUGCGCCAGAGACGCAUCACGUACCAGAUGUACCAGAGAUACGUGAACAAGAAAACUUAAAUUCCUCCACAAUUAUUAAUCAACAGAAUAACGAAUUGUCAGCUGACGGACAAAACAAUAAGGACGAUACUUUGCUUGAGACGGGCAAAGUAACGGAUCGCAAUUGCGAUGAGACAAUAGUAAUAAACGAUUCUCUUACGGAAGAGAAUUCUCCGAAUAUACCUUUAAAUACCGAGCCCGUGUCGGAUGAAUCGAGAGAUCCUAACAGUAACGAAGAUCAAUUGUCAACAGGCGAAGUAAACAUCGAAUCCACUGUAUCCGUGGACAAACAGAACGCGAACGUGUAUUGUGCGAUAGAUAUACCAAAAGAACAUUCGAUGAAAAAGUCCAAGAAACAACAAUUAAAAGAAGAGAAAAAGAGAUCGAGAGAACUUUCCAAAAAAAAAAUAUGUAGUACCGCGUCAAAUCUCGUAGAAAUGGCUCGUGCUCUUAAACUGCCACAUAUGAUAGAUGCGGCAGAUGCAAUACAAAAACGGAUUAGCAAUCAAACAGUUAUGCGUAAACAUGUCAAGACAUUGUCUAAAUUGAUUGAGUUAGAGAAAUUUUAUCAAACUACUCUUAAUAAUUAUUUCAAAGUCUUGAAGUCAUAGUAGUUUACAAAAAUUAUUUCCGUUCAGUGGUAUCUGACGUGCAUUCGUAUAAUAUACGAAAUCGUUCGGGUUAGGUUUAUCUUAACUAUAUGGGAAAAUUUGAACGAUAUUGAAUGACCCGUAACGAAUGUACGUUAACAUAUUUGAAAAGAAAAUAUUUGUUAUGACUUAAAACUUGUUAAAAAAAAACUCUAGAAACAGUUCGACUGUAUGUAUUAUACUGUGCUCUAUUAAUCAUCCCGAUGAUUGUAAUUAAAACAAUAUCAUAUGGUCUUAUGUUAUAUACUGUAAUAAGUAUAAAAUAAAAGUCGACUAUUUUUUUGUAAUUCUUUAUAUCCUUGGAUAAAUUAAAUAAUCCUGUCAAUUCUUGCUUACUGCAUGACGUUAUUUUGUCGCAAAUGAAAUAAUAAAUAACUAAAGCUAUUA